AUGAAUGAGUCCAGCACCUUACGACACCGCGAAAGAUUUACGACGCAGCAAGACAUUUCGCGAACGACCCUGCAAAUCGACCCAAGGCCUGGUCCACGAGGACUCUGCCUGCGUACAUCCAGCAUUGAAGGCCAUCGUUCACCCAGCGCAGACCAAAAUCCAACGACGCAUAGCUUCUUCAACAACAUACCCAUGACCGAGCUGACCGAUAUGCCGACGUCUGGAGAUUCUGCGCCUGCAAGAGAAGUCGUGCGCAGUGAUGAAGUUCAGGAUGUUAACUAUGCAAAGAACGAUCAUGUAUCACUGCAGAGCCAGCACAGGACCAAUUCCAUCGAGCAAGUAAAACCGCACCAGCCUCAGCUUACCAAAGUGAAUCCAGAUCUGACUGCUACACGCCGGUUCAUUCCCGUCGUUUGACGAGACGACACUGGAAUGUAAGCACCACCACGAACCCUCGAGCGCGAGAACGCGCCUUCAACACUCAGGAAGAAAUCAUAGUACUUCGUCCGGCAGAGAUACGAUGCCCGUGAUCGCUGCC